AUGGCGGCAUUCCAUACCUACUACCACUCAGUGGCUUUGGUGUUAAUUAUCCGGGCAUUCCGUGCUCAAUAUGCUGGCGACGUGCCUCGGCAGCUCUUUCGAGGUUAUCAACUGAAGAAGAAAGACGAAGAAAACAGUGACCGACCGGAGAGUUCUCUAUUUAAUCCAGAGGUCGGUCCGAUAACUAUUUCUUACCGGGUAUCCCACGCCGAAGCCCUCUUUUCCGUAGUUACGUCAAACCCGGAUCGUAAAGGAGAGUUACCCAAUAUAUCCAGAAAACCAAACUGGUUCAUCUCACUUGCGAGUAUGGAUCCAAAAGUCGCUGGUGGCUUUUCUGAUGGGAAAGAGUUCGAUAUUAAAAAUGCCCUGGAGAAAAACGGGAUGGAUGUAACAAUUCGGAAGUUCACAACAAAGUUCCCUGGAAAUAUUAUCUAUCUAUUGCAAAAGUCGCCAGUUUGA